AUGGUGGUACCGAUCCCCGGGCCAUUGCCCAGCGCGGAGAGGUCGGAGGAAAUCGUGCGAUUGCCGGCGAGCGUGAUCCCGGUGCUCAAGGGGCAGGCCAAGUCGAAGUCGGGCAACGGUCUGGUUGUCGCACGGUGGCUCAUUUUGAAGGACAUCCAAAAGCACACUGGCACAACGGCGACAGCGAUCUCAGUGCCGCGUGCUGGGGCGGACGAGGGCAGGGCGGGAACGGGAAAGGCGAACGCUUCGGCGACGAAGAUGACAGAGGACGCCGCGGAAAGUACGGCAGAAGCAACGCCCACGGCCGUCGCCGAUGGCGACGCAGAUGAGGACCUGGUUCUCUUGGUCAAGGGUCCGACAAACUGUGUGGAGGUAGCGGCGGAAGCGCUGAGGAAGCUGGGCCGGAAGGAGACCGUGCGAGACGCACUGACGUUCGUCAAGACGACCUCGCCCCAUCGCCGGCUUACGCAGCAGCGCCGUCAAGAGCAGCAACAGCAGCAGCAGCAGCAGGAGAUGAAGUUGAUCACGGGGGUUGUCGACUAA